AUGCCAAAGGCUCAAGAGUAUUUAAAUCAAAGCUAUAUUAACAAAGGUCAAACCACUCAAAUAGGUGCUAAAAAUCAAAAUUUAUCCGGCGAACUAACUAUCCAAGAUUUCCCUGCCCUAAAAAAAAUUGACCUUAGUAAUAACAAAGACUUGAACA